CCGAAAGGGACGUUGGACGGACCCAGGACCCAGAGACAGAGCCGACCGAAAGGACCGACCGAAGAACAAGGGACCGAAAACCACGAGGGCCACAGUCAGCAAGGCAAGAGACGCUGGCGGCUAGCAAGCUCCAAACCUCUCCUGGGUGGCACGGGAGAGGAGCAUCUAACAAGAGAGAGAGAGAGAGAGAUUAUCUACAACAUGCAGACAAGACAUCACGCAUCACGACAGACAGUGCGCUUGGCACGCAAUCGAACAGAUCUACCGCGCGGCUCAGAGGGCGCAGAGGGGCGGAAGAAGUUCGGAGUAAACUUGAACCCAGCGUUUCCACGAGGGGCCAGCCGUGUAGUCGCCACCGCCUGGCGGGCAUUCCACCAGUCCGCCCCACUGACGGUAGAGCGUCGGACGGGAGCUGUUUCUCGCACACUUGCGCGGGGCUCGACACAUGCAUCCUCGGCGCGAUCAUCUUGGCGACGAUAGCCUGGUGAGGAACGCCAGGAUCAGCAAGGACGUCAUCACAAUCGGCACGAGCACCAGCAUCACCUCCGCGAGGCUCAACGCAGGCAGCCUCGGCCAGACGCAAAUCAGCCAAGCGCCAGCCCGCUUCCAGAGCGUCCACAAAGGUGGCAGCCUGCGGGCGCGGCCGCGGCAGCCUCGGCUGGGCGGUCAUCCCCCGCAGGGGCCCACUCACCUGCGGCAGCGCAGGCCCGCCCGCGCCCAGCGCCUCGCCGACGCCUUGCAACGCCCGCUCGCAGCACGAAGACACCACGGCACCGCACGUGCAUAGGAAGCACGAAGCUCCGUGGAUCGCGCCAGAUGCCGCUUGCGCCACAGCGUGGGCAAGGGGCCUGGAGCAGGGUGGCGCCUCCAAGAGUGCACAGCAACGCCUCGGCCUCAAAGCGGCCAUCCGGCCAGGAUCCACCGCAGCCCGACGACUCGGAGGAAGAGGAGGAACGAGGACGACGGAGGAGGA